CGCAGGGUGCUUGGGGGUGUCGCGAGAAAGCAACCCUUGGUUCAGUAGUGGCUGAUCAUCGGUGCACCAUCGUAGGUUAGAACGUCAGUGCCUGGUGGUGAUCGCCGUUGCACGGCGCAGCGUGAAAAGUGAUCUAUACGCCGGUGACGAGGGUGCGUGCCCACCGGAAGGGUGAGACGAUGCCGGACCGCGACCGCGUGUGAUCGCGUAUCAUCCGCGCCCUAUUCGCUUCCUGGUCGGAGUUUACGGAACUCAGAGAACCGGGCCAGGCGAUAAACCACAGUGAGUGAAAACGUACCGGGAUGGCUGACAGCGAGGGUGGUUCCGAGCAGGAUGACGUAUCAUUCCUUCGCACGGAGGACAUGGUAUGUUUGUCCUGCACAGCGACUGGUGAAAGGGUUUGUCUAGCAGCCGAGGGUUUCGGUAACAGGCACUGUUUCCUCGAGAAUAUAGCAGACAAGAAUAUACCGCCUGACCUGUCGCAAUGCGUAUUCGUAAUAGAGCAAGCUCUCUCGGUGAGAGCUUUACAGGAAUUGGUCACUGCUGCCGGUUCCGAGACGGGAAAGGGGACGGGAUCAGGGCACAGGACGCUACUUUAUGGCAACGCUAUUCUACUGAGGCACCUGAACAGCGACAUGUACUUGGCUUGCCUAUCGACCAGCUCGUCCAACGACAAGUUGGCUUUCGACGUUGGUCUCCAACAACAUUCUCAAGGCGAGGCCUGCUGGUGGACCGUGCACCCAGCGUCCAAGCAGAGGUCAGAGGGUGAAAAAGUUCGAGUCGGUGACGAUCUUAUCUUGGUAUCAGUAGCCACCGAAAGAUACUUGCACACGACGAAGGAAAACGACUUGUCAGUGGUGAAUGCAUCGUUCCACGUGACGCACUGGUCGGUGCAACCGUACGGCACUGGAAUCAGCCGGAUGAAAUACGUCGGCUACGUGUUCGGCGGCGACGUUUUACGAUUUUUCCACGGCGGCGACGAAUGUCUCACUAUACCGUCCUCAUGGAGCACGACCCCCAGUCAAAACAUAGUGAUCUACGAGGGAGGCAGCGUAAUGAGCCAAGCUCGCUCGCUUUGGAGGCUGGAGCUUGCGAGGACGAAAUGGGCUGGUGGCUUUAUCAACUGGUUGCAUCCGAUGAGGAUCAGACAUUUAACAACCGGACGUUAUCUCGGUGUCAAAGAGAACAACGAAUUAUACCUGGUUGAUAGGAAUGAGGCGACGAUCGAAAGCUCGACGUUCUGGCUGAGGCAAGAGAAAGAUGAUCAGAAAAUCAUUCUUGAAGACAAGGAUCUCGAAGUAAUUGGAUUGCCCAUUAUCAAAUACGGUGACUCGACUGUUAUCAUGCAACACGCUACCACUUGCCUCUGGGUUUCAUACAAGUCGUAUGAGACGAAAAAGAAGGGUGUGGGCAAAGUGGAGGAAAAGCAAGCAGUCCUUCACGAGGAAGGCAAGAUGGACGAUGGUCUAGAUUUCUCACGGUCGCAGGAAGAGGAAUCCCGGACGGCUCGCGUGAUCCGGAAGUGCAGCAGUUUGUUCACACAGUUUAUCACAGGCCUAGAGACGCUGCAAGUCGAUAGGAGAGCGUCUAUGUUCUUCCAAAAUGUGAAUCUCAACGAAAUGGUGAUGUGUCUGGAAGACUUGAUUAAUUAUUUUGCUCAACCCGAGGACGACAUGGAACACGAGGAGAAGCAAAACAGAUUCCGUGCCCUAAGAAAUCGUCAAGACUUGUUCCAAGAAGAAGGCAUCCUAAAUCUAAUCCUAGAAGCCAUCGACAAAAUCAACGUGAUCACCUCUCAAGGAUUUCUAGUAGCACUUUCUGGUGACGAAAGCGGCCAGGCUUGGGACCAAAUAUCCGGUUACCUGUAUCAACUACUGGCAGCCAUAAUCAAAGGGAAUCACACGAAUUGCGCACAAUUUGCCAACAGUAAUCGGUUGAACUGGCUGUUCAGUCGACUGGGUUCGCAAGCUUCCAGCGAGGGCACUGGGAUGUUAGACGUGCUUCACUGCGUUCUUAUCGACUCGCCCGAAGCUUUGAACAUGAUGAGAGAUGAACACAUUAAAGUCAUCAUUUCGUUGCUGGAGAAACACGGGAGAGAUCCAAAAGUCUUGGACGUUCUCUGCUCACUUUGCGUGGGUAACGGCGUCGCGGUCAGAUCAUCGCAGAACAACAUCUGCGAUUUUCUCCUACCUGGGAAGAAUCUUCUUUUACAAACGCAACUGGUGGACCACGUGGCCAGCGUCAGACCAAAUAUAUUCGUCGGCAGAGUUGAAGGGUCAGCACUUUAUCAGAAGUGGUACUUCGAAGUUACUGUGGAUCACAUUGAACAGACAACUCAUAUGAUGCCUCAUUUGAGGAUUGGCUGGGCAAACACCUCUGGAUACGUGCCAUAUCCCGGUGGUGGUGAAAAAUGGGGAGGCAACGGUGUCGGCGACGACCUUUACUCCUUCAGCUUCGACGGUGCACAUUUGUGGACAGGUGGUAGAAAAACCCAAGUGAUGCAGAACGCAACGGAACCGUAUAUCAGGAAGAGCGACGUGAUCGGCUGCGCGUUGGAUCUCACAGUGCCCAUAAUCACGUUCACCUUCAAUGGAGCACCCAUCAUGGGAUCAUUUAGGAAUUUUAAUCUGGACGGCAUGUUCUUCCCAGCAAUUAGCUGUUCCUCCAAACUGUCUUGCAGAUUCCUGUUAGGCGGUGAUCAUGGCCGGCUUAAGUACCAACCACCAGAAGAAUUCUCACCCUUGGUGGAGAGUUUGCUACCGCAACAAAUUUUAUCCUUGGAUCCUUGUUUCUAUUUUGGUAACAUGAACAAAGUGGUCUUGGCUGGUCCAUGGCUGGUCGAAGACGACACGGCCUUCGUUCCUGCCCCGGUCGACACGUCCAUGAUCAAUUUACCAUCGUACGUCGAGCAGAUUAGGGAUAAAUUGGCAGAGAACAUUCACGAAAUGUGGGCGAUGAAUAAAAUCGAAGCCGGUUGGAUAUAUGGAGAACACAGAGACGAUCUAAGAAAGAUCCAUCCGUGUAUCGUUCAAUUCGAGAGACUACCAGCUGCAGAAAAACGUUACGAUACACAAUUGGCAGUGCAAACGUUAAAAACGAUUUUGGCUCUGGGAUAUUAUAUAACAAUGGAUAAACCACCUUCUAGAAUUAAAACCUUGAGGCUUCCGAACGAGCCCUUUCUACAGAGCAGUGGAUACAAACCAGCACCACUGGACCUCAGCGCUAUUACCUUAACUCCCAAAAUGGAAGAAUUGGUCGAUCAACUCGCGGAGAACACUCAUAACUUAUGGGCGAAGGAGAGAAUCAGUCAGGGUUGGACUUACGGUCUGAACGAAGAUUCAGAAAUGAGACGAAGCCCGCACUUGGUGCCGUACCCUAAAGUUGACGAAGCCAUUAAGAAAGCUAAUCGUGACACUGCUAGUGAAACAGUGAGAACGCUUUUGGUUUAUGGAUACAUGCUGGAACCACCCACUGGAGAACAGCAUGAAGCAUUGCUUCUGGAGGCGAGCAGACUGAGGCAAUUAUACUUCAGAACUUAUCGCGUGGAAAAACACUAUGCAGUGAGCAGCGGCAAAUGGUACUUCGAAUUUGAAGUGCUAACUGCUGGUCCCAUGAGGGUAGGCUGGGCUAAAGCAGAUUGCAUGCCUGGAAGCAUGCUGGGAAGCGACGAGAACACCUGGGCAUUCGACGGUUACAAUGUAACUAAAGUACACGCCGGUAGCCACGAGUCUUUUGGUCACAAAUAUCAAGUGGGCGACGUAGUUGGAUGUUUCAUUGACGUCGCAGACCGAACGAUCAGCUUCUCUUUGAAUGGGGAACUGCUUAUGGACGCUCUUGGCGGUGAAACAUCCUUCGCUGACGUUCAAGGCGACUGCUUCGUGCCAGCUUUUACUCUCGGCGUUGGUCAAAGGGCAAAGUUAACUUUUGGGCAAGACGUGAAUACGUUGAAAUUCUUUACGACUUGUGGUUUGCAGGAGGGAUACGAGCCAUUCUGCGUAAACAUGAACCGUCAUGUAACGUUCUGGUUCACGAAAGACCAGCCGAUAUUCGAGAACACCGACGACAUGGCUGAUACUAGGAUAGACGUAGCCAGAAUCCCAGCGGGUUCCGACACUCCACCAUGUCUAAAAAUCUCCCAUAAUACAUUUGAAACGAUGGAAAAAGCGAACUGGGAAUUCCUUCGAUUAUCUCUGCCUGUUAUUUGCCAAUCGACUUUCGUCUCGGAGAGCGAGAAGCUCAGGAGGUGGCAGGAGAUAAAAAUGCGUCAGAACAAACUCUUAUAUGAACAGAUGGAGCAAGCUCAGCCAACUGUGCCGUCGGCUCAUAUGGAGCAGAUCAUGAAAUCUGGCUUCAGCAUGAGCGAUAUCAAAGGAUUGCAAAGAAAUUAUUCGGAAGACGCUGUGGAGGCUGACGAGAUGAUGAAAGAAUCGCCGCUUCCUAUGCAAAGGAACAAGCCAGCUAGACCUCCGAGGAAGGGAGGAUCCGUAUAUGGAUCGAGGGGUGGGAACAUGGACAACGCGAUUAGCGAGGCUGAUAUGAAUGGCUAUGUCGAUAUGAACGGGGAUGUUAAGGAUGACAAGAAGAAGCGAGGGCGUUCACCGUUCCGCAAACUUAGCAAAGAGAUGGAGGAUGUCCCGUUCUUCUCGCGCAAGGCGAAGUCUCCGGAUGCGAAAUCAAAGACGCCCGAACCACCUGUGCGGUCUGACGUCUCCGACAAAAGUACCAAGACCCUGCCGAUGAACAAAGCAAGUAGCCGGAUUCCCCAAGUUCGCAUAUCAAACACGGAUUUGAAAGUGGUACCACCUCAAAUCCCGGAGCGCAAUGCACCCAAAGCUAUGUCAGUUUUAAGUGGAAGCGGAGUCGAAUCGAUUGGGAAUGAAAUAUUCGAUGCAGAUUGCUUGAAACUGAUGAAUGAAUACUUUUAUGGUGUGAGAAUCUUCCCUGGACAGGAUCCAACACACGUUUAUGUGGGCUGGGUCACGUCUCAGUAUCAUUUGCACACGAAGGACUUUAAUUUGUCUCGUGUGAGAAAGGGUUCUGUGGUUAUCACUGAUGAUUAUGAUCGUCCCAUAGAACAAGUCGACAGACAGAGUUGUAUCAUGGUCAGAGCCGACGAACUGUACAACGAAGUAACUCAAGACGCGUCAGGAAAGGGUGCAUCCCAAGGGAUGUUCGUGGGCUGUUUCGUGGAUACAGCAACUGGUUGGGUGUCCUUCACCUGCGAGGGCAAGGAAACUAGCCACAAGUUCAAGAUGGAACCCGAUACAAAAUUAUUCCCAGCCAUAUUCGUCGAAGCUACCAGCAAAGAGAUACUUCAAAUCGAAUUAGGAAGAACUUCUACAACAUUGCCGUUGUCUGCUGCUGUUUUACAAAAUUCAGAGCGUCAUGUGAUACCACAGUUUCCGCCUAGAUUGAAGGUUCAAUGUUUAAAGCCUCAUCAAUGGGCGAGGGUUCCUAAUCAAUCACUACAAGUGCAUGCUUUGAAAUUGUCUGAUAUCAGAGGCUGGUCCAUGCUCUGCGAGGAUGCUAUAUCGAUGCUAGCCUUGCAUAUUCCUGAAGAAGAUCGAUGCAUCGAUAUCUUGGAGCUUAUCGAAAUGGACAAACUCCUCAGUUUCCACGCACACACGUUAACACUGUAUGCAGCCCUGUGCUACCAGUCGAAUUACAGAGCCGCACAUGCUCUAUGCCAACACGUUGAUCAGAAACAAUUACUAUAUGCUAUUCGAGCGGAAUACAUGUCUGGGCCCCUACGACAAGGAUUCUACGAUUUGCUGAUCGCAUUACAUCUCGAAUCGCACGCGACCACGAUGGAAGUGUGCAAAAACGAGUACAUAAUUCCUUUAGGUCAAGGAUUGAAGGAUCUUUACGAAAACGAAGAAAUGAAGCACAGUCUCAGAUACUUAGAGACCGAGUCCGUUCGUCCGCAGAUGAAGAUGACAGACAUCAGGGAUAUUCCUUCUAGUGACCAGACGAUCGAGAACAUAAGGAGCCUCUACAGUCCUCAUUUCCCGCUGGACGUUGUACGGGACUAUGUGAUGACGGCUUUGAACGAAGCCGUCGAGGUGAAUCAAGUGCACAAUCGAGACCCCAUUGGCGGCAGCAAUGAAAACCUGUUCUUGCCACUUUUGAAGCUCGUGGACAGGUUGCUGUUGGUAGGGAUGCUCCGAAACGAAGAUAUCAUGAAGCUUCUUAUCAUGAUUCAUCCUGAGACUUGGGAUCCGACCUUUGAUAAAGAAGGCAAAGACGAGCACAAGAAGGGACUUCUUCAUAUGAAAAUGGCUGAGGGAGCAAAACUACAGAUGUGUUAUCUUCUACAUCAUCUAAACGAUAUUCAACUUCGACAUCGAGUGGAAUCCAUCAUAUCUUUCAGCCACGACUUCGUUGGUGACUUACAGUCGGAUCAGCUUCGUCGUUACAUUGAAAUCAAACAGUCUGACUUGCCAUCGGCAGUGGCGGCGAAGAAAACGAGAGAGUUCAGAUGUCCACCUCGUGAACAGAUGAACGCAAUUCUAAGCUUCAAGAAUGUUGACUAUGCUGACGAUCCUGACAAUAUUCCUUGUGGAGAGGAUCUGAUAAGUCGGAUGAACGAUUUUCAUAACAAUCUCAUGUCGUACGUGUCCUUGCACGCGCUUCAGGAAGCCGCCGACGCUGAAAACGAGCCAGCAGAGGAAGUGCAGAAGCCUGGUCCAAUUAAAAGACUGUUUAACUUUAUUAAUGCAGUAAAAGAGUUAGAGGAAGAACCUAAACCGGAGCUUGAACCGGAGAGGAAGACUCCUGAAGAGGUGUUCCGGAAGGUGCUUAUAAAAACAAUCGUCAGCUGGGCUGAGGAAUCCCAAAUCGAGACUCCAAAACUAGUCCGAGAAAUGUUCAGUUUACUGGUUCGCCAAUACGACACCGUAGGCGAGCUAAUCAGAGCAUUAGAAAAAACCUAUGUAACUAACAGCAAGACAAGGGACGACGUUGCUUUAAUGUGGGUCGGUCUCAGUCAAAUCCGAGCCUUGCUGCCCGUACAGAUGUCUCAAGAAGAAGAAGAACUCGUGAGAGAACGAUUAUGGAAACUGGUGAACAAUCAUACAUUCUUCCAGCAUCCAGAUUUGAUUAGAGUACUGAGAAUUCAUGAAAACGUCAUGGCGAUCAUGAUAAACACGCUGGGUAGACGAUCUCAGGCUCAAUCUGAUGCUCAAACUCAGCCUCAAACUACUGAAGGAGAGCCAGUUUCUAAAGAAAAGGACACAUCUCACGAGAUGGUGGUGGCUUGCUGUAGAUUCCUUUGCUAUUUCUGUCGGACUUCCAGACAAAAUCAAAAGGCGAUGUUCGAUCAUUUCGAUUUUCUAUUGGAGAACAGCAACAUUUUGUUGUCGAGGCCAUCGUUGAGAGGCUCAACGCCAUUGGACGUGGCCUAUUCUUCUCUUAUGGAGAACACGGAGCUCGCUUUAGCUCUCAGAGAGCAUUAUCUCGAGAAGAUAGCUAUCUACCUAUCUCGCUGUGGAUUGCAAUCUAACUCAGAGUUGGUGGAGAAAGGCUACCCUGAUUUAGGAUGGGAUCCAGUGGAAGGUGAACGAUACUUGGACUUCCUGCGGUUCUGUGUCUGGGUUAACGGUGAAAGUGUGGAAGAGAACGCAAACUUGGUGAUACGUUUACUAAUCAGGAGACCAGAGUGUUUAGGACCGGCUCUUCGCGGUGAGGGCGAAGGUUUGCUGAGGGCAAUUAUAGACGCUAAUAAAAUGUCUGAACGGAUCGCUGAUAGAAGGAAAGUACACGAUGAGGCUGAGGGUACAACCGUGAUGCAGUUCGAGCAUCCUUUGCCCGAAUCAGAUGACGAUGAAGAUUACAUAGACACAGGCGCAGCUAUUUUGAACUUCUACUGCACUCUGGUAGACCUAUUAGGUCGUUGCGCUCCUGAUUCUUCUGUUAUAGAGCAAGGGAAGAACGAAUCUCUUCGAGCGAGAGCCAUUCUGCGGUCUCUAGUACCUCUCGACGAUCUGCAAGGCGUACUAUCUUUGAGAUUUACGUUGCUUAAUCCAGCAGCGGGUGAAGAGAAACCGAAAAGCGACAUGCCUUCUGGCUUAAUUCCUGGACACAAGCAAAGCAUAGUCUUGUUUCUGGAACGCGUUUACGGUAUCGAGACGCAGGAAUUGUUCUUCAAAAUACUUGAGGAAGCUUUCUUGCCUGACCUGAGGGCCGCUACCAUGUUGGACAGGAACGAUGGAUACGAGUCAGAUAUGGCGCUGGCGAUGAACCGUUACAUAGGAAACAGUAUUCUACCUUUAUUAAUCAAGCAUUCCAAGUUCUACAACGAGGCGGACAAUUAUGCAAGUUUAUUAGAUGCCACGUUGCACACCGUGUACCGAUUAAGUAAGAACCGGAUGCUGACCAAAGGGCAACGUGAAGCAGUGUCGGACUUCCUCGUGGCGUUGACCAGUCAAAUGCAACCCAGUAUGCUGUUGAAACUGCUUCGAAAAUUAACUGUCGACGUGUCCAAAUUAUCUGAGUACACCACGGUCGCUUUAAGAUUGUUAACUUUGCAUUAUGAACGCUGUGCGAAAUAUUACGGUUCUACCGGAGGCCAAGGCGCAUACGGUGCGUCGAGCGAUGAAGAGAAACGCUUGACAAUGGUUCUCUUCAGUAACAUAUUCGAUUCGUUAUCCAAAAUGGAUUACGAUCCGGAAUUGUUCGGGAAAGCUCUGCCAUGUCUCACGGCUAUCGGUUGCGCGUUACCACCUGAUUAUUCGUUAUCGAAAAAUUAUGACGAUGAAUGGUACGGAAGCAAAUCUGCAUCUGCACAGUCACCUGAUGGACCGUAUAAUCCUCAGCCCAUCAACACCUCCAGUGUGGUGCUCAAUAACGAUCUCAACCAGAUAGUUCAAAAGUUCUCUGAGCAUUAUCACGAUGCCUGGGCCAGUAGAAAAUUAGAAAACGGUUGGACUUUCGGUGAACAAUGGUCUGACGCGAAUAAAAAUCAUCCAAGAUUGAAACCUUACAACAUGUUGAACGAUUACGAGAGGGAACGGUACAAAGAGCCUGUUAGAGAGAGCUUGAAAGCUCUAUUGGCUAUAGGAUGGAGCGUCGAACACGCAGAAGUAGAUGUACCAUCCACUAAUCGUAGUUCCAUGAGGAGAUCAUCAAAAAGUCAAGGUGAUUCAGCGAAUCCGUUCAACUACAACCCUCACCCAGUGGAUAUGACGAACUUGACUCUGAGCAGGGAAAUGCAGAACAUGGCAGAACGUCUUGCAGACAAUGCGCACGAUAUUUGGGCGAAGAAGAAGAAAGAAGAACUCAUUACUUGUGGAGGAGGUAUCCACCCCCAGCUGGUCCCAUACGAUCUCCUGACUGAUAAAGAGAAACGAAAAGACCGUGAACGUUCUCAGGAGUUCCUCAAGUAUUUACAGUACCAAGGUUACAAGCUCCACAAGCCUAAUCGCGGAGGAGAAUCUGAAGUUGCAACUGCUGGAGCAUCAGUAGAACUACGAUUCGCUUAUUCGUUGCUAGAGAAGUUGAUAGCAUAUUUAGAUAAGGCCACUAUCAACAUGAAAUUGUUAAAACCGUCUGAUACCUUCAGUAGACGAAACAGUUUUAAAACAUCUACUAGAGAUAUCAAAUUCUUUAGCAAAGUCGUUCUACCAUUGAUGGAGAAGUACUUUAGUACUCAUAAAAAUUAUUUCAUCGCCGUUGCAACAGCUACGAAUAAUGUUGGAGCUGCGUCUUUAAAAGAAAAGGAGAUGGUAGCAGCUCUGUUUUGCAAAUUGGCUAGUUUAUUAAGAUCCAGACUCGCCGCCUUUGGUCCAGACGUGAGGAUCACCGUUCGUUGCCUUCAAGUAUUAGUAAAAGGCAUAGACGCGAAGAGUUUGGUGAAGAAUUGUCCGGAAUUUAUUAGAACGUCCAUGUUGACGUUCUUUAAUAAUACAGCAGAUGAUUUGGGACAUACGAUAUUGAAUCUUCAAGAAGGGAAAUACAGUCAUCUCAGAGGAACACAUUUGAAGACUUCUACAUCCUUGUCUUAUAUCAAUAGUGUUGUUCUACCUGUACUCACGGCUAUGUUCGAUCAUUUAGCUGCCUGCGAGUAUGGAAGCGAUUUAUUAUUGGAUGAAAUUCAGGUAGCAUCGUACAAAAUGCUCGCGUCUCUCUAUACUCUCGGCGUGGAUUCUUCUCUGACACACGAUAGAAAGUACUUGAAGACAGAAAUUGAACGCAAUAAACCAAACCUAGGUUCCUGUUUAGGAGCAUUCUCCAGUUGUUUCCCCGUGGCUUUCCUAGAGCCGCAUCUGAACAAACACAAUCCAUUCUCCCUAUUAAACAGAAUAGCAGAUCACUCUUUAGAAGCGCAGGAUAUCAUGGCUAAAAUGGAAUCGAGCAUGCCGACUCUUGAAACAAUUUUGAACGAAGUGGACCAAUUCGUCGAGUCUGAUAAAACUUACAACGACAUUCCACACGUGGUCGACAUUAUCCUUCCUCUACUUUGCUCCUACUUGCCAUUUUGGUGGGCCCAAGGACCAGACAACGUAAAUCCGACCGAAGGAACGUACGUCAGCAUGGUCACCAGCGAUCAUAUGAAUCAAUUAUUAAAGAAUGUGUUAAAAUUGAUUAAGAAGAACAUUGGUAACGAGAAUGCUCCUUGGAUGACUCGAAUCGCGGCUUACACUCAACAAAUCAUCAUCAAUUCGUCCGAGGAAUUAUUAAAAGAUCCGUUCUUGCCACUUGCUGAACGAGUCAGAAAGCGUACUGACAAUAUGUUCCAUAAAGAAGAAUCUCUUCGCGGUUUUAUUAAAUCAUCCACUGACGACACGUCGCAAGUCGAGGCGCAGAUUCAAGAAGAUUGGCAGCUCCUCGUCCGAGAUAUCUAUUCGUUCUAUCCGCUUUUAAUCAAAUACGUCGAUUUGCAAAGGAAUCACUGGUUGAGAAAUAAUAUCCCGGAGGCUGAAGAUCUUUACAAUCACGUUGCUGCGAUUUUCAAUAUCUGGUCCAAGUCACAAUAUUUCUUACGGGAGGAACAGAACUUCAUAUCAGCGAAUGAGAUUGAUAAUAUGGUACUGAUUAUGCCAACAGCCACUAGAAGACCCGCUGCCAUUUCUGAUGGGACGACACCUUCCGGUGGAGGCAAGAAAAAGAAGAAACAUCGUGAUAAGAAGAGGGAUAAAGAUAAAGAAGUACAGGCUUCGUUAAUGGUAGCUUGUCUGAAGAGACUGCUACCCGUUGGUCUGAACUUAUUCGCUGGCCGUGAACAAGAACUGGUGCAACAUUGCAAGGACAGGUUCCUGAAGAAGAUGCCAGAGUACGAAAUCGCAGAAUUCGCUAAGACCCAGUUGACGUUACCUGAUAAGAUCGAUCCAGCUGACGAGAUGUCGUGGCAACAUUAUCUCUACUCUAAGUUAGGGCAACAGAAAGAUACGAUGGAACCGGUGAAAGCGCAGCAAUUGGAAGACGUGGUUGCGAGAAUUACUGACAUGGCUAAAGUACUUUACGGUUUACACAUGAUAGAUCAUCCGCAACAGCAGAGCAAGGGUCAGUAUCGAUCCGUGGUGUCGAUCCAACGUAAACGAGCUGUGAUCGCUUGUUUCCGUCAAAUUUCCCUACAUUCCCUGCCCAGGCAUCGGGCUAUAAAUAUAUUCGCGCGGACGUACUACGAGCUCUGGUUGCAGGAUGAGAAUGUCGGCCAAGAAGUGAUGAUUGAAGAUCUUACGCAAUCUUUCGAGGACGCGGAAUUGAAGAAAAUGGAUAAAGACGAAGACGAAAGCAAACCAGACCCUCUCACACAAUUGGUAACGACGUUCUGUCGCGGCGCAAUGACGGAACGAUCCGGUGCUCUUCAGGAAGAUCCUUUGUACAUGAGCUAUGCUCAAAUUAUAUCAAAAUCUUGCGGUGAGGAGGAAGAAGAAGGCGAAGACGAAGGCGGAGGGGGUGAAGAAGAAGCCGCUGCCUCCAUCCAUCGACCGAUGCACAAACUCAUGGAACAAGAAAUGGAAAAGCAGAAACUUCUGUUCCACCAAGCGAGACUUGCAAAUCGUGGCGUGGCAGAGAUGGUGUUGCUUCACAUCUCAGCAUGCAAGGGUCUCCCCAGUGAAAUGGUGAUGAAGACUCUAGAAUUGGGAAUUUCAAUUCUACGCGGUGGCAACAUAGAAAUUCAACGAGGAAUGUUGAACCACUUGAAGGAGAAGAAGGACGUAGGCUUCUUCACUUCGAUUGCUGGCCUGAUGAACUCUUGCAGUGUAUUAGAUUUGGACGCGUUCGAGAGGAAUACCAAAGCUGAAGGUCUUGGGGUUGGUUCUGAGGGUGCAGCUGGAGAGAAGAACAUGCACGAUGCCGAGUUCACCUGCGCUUUGUUCAGGUUCAUUCAACUGACUUGCGAGGGUCACAAUCUCGGUACGCUUCGUUAUUCNCAAGCUGGUAACACGACAACAGUGAACGUGGUCAUAUGCACCGUCGAUUAUUUACUACGACUGCAAGAAUCUAUUAUGGAUUUCUACUGGCAUUACUCUAGCAAAGAACUGAUCGAUCCUGCCGGCAAGGCUAAUUUCUUCAAAGCUAUAGGCGUGGCCAGUCAAGUGUUCAACACUCUGACUGAAGUGAUUCAAGGACCCUGCGCCCAGAACCAACAAGCAUUGGCCCACUCCCGAUUGUGGGACGCUGUCGGUGGAUUCCUCUUCCUGUUCUCCCAUAUGCAGGACAAGUUGUCCAAACACUCGAGUCAAGUGGAUCUUCUGAAGGAGCUGUUGAACUUGCAGAAGGACAUGAUAACUAUGAUGUUGUCUAUGCUUGAAGGUAACGUCGUGAAUGGAACCAUUGGCAAACAGAUGGUGGACACGUUAGUGGAAUCUGCCGGAAACGUCGAGUUGAUUCUCAAGUACUUCGACAUGUUUUUGAAACUGAAGGAUCUCGUGUCUUCGCCUAGCUUUUUAGAAGUGGAUCUCAACAGCGAUGGCUGGGUUUAUCCGAAGGACUUCAAAGAGAAGAUGGAACAGCAGAAGAGUUACACCGACGAGGAAAUCGAAUUCCUAUUGGCCUGUUGCGAAACGAACCACGAUGGAAAAAUCAAUUACGUGGCUUUCAUGGACCGAUUCCACGAGCCAGCUAAAGAAAUCGGUUUCAAUCUUGCUGUGUUGCUAACUAAUCUAUCGGAACACAUGCCAAACGAACCGAGACUGGCCAGAUUUUUAGAAACAGCUGGGUCUGUGUUAAAUUACUUUGAACCGUAUCUGGGCAGGAUAGAAAUUCUUGGUGGUAACAAGAAAAUAGAACGUGUGUAUUUCGAAAUCAAGGAAUCUAAUAUUGAACAAUGGGAAAAACCGCAAAUUAAAGAGUCGAAGAGAACUUAUUUCUACAACACCGUGGUGGAAGCUGGAGAAAAAGAGAAAUUGGAAACAUUCAUAAACUUCUGCGAAGAUGCUAUUUUUGAAAUGCAACACGCGAGCGCGUUAAUGGCGGUAGAAGAGAGUGGAGGAAUCGGCAAAGCCAGAGAAUCCUCAUAUACUUAUAUGACUGAGGACGAUGAAGAAAGGAACAAAGAUCCCAUUAGAAGAAGCAUUCAAACGUGUAAAGAUAGCAUUUACUUCUUCUUUUCGAUAUUUUCUCCUAGCAACAUUAAACAUAAAAUAGCAGAGAUGCAACAGAUGACGUUCUUGGAAAUAUUCAUUUGCUUCUUCAAAAUGAUAUUCUACGCGUUCUAUUAUUCUGGAUUUGGCUGUGGUUGCGUUAUCGGAUACUUUAUGAAGCUACUGUUAGCAUUAAUGAGAGGACCGCAUGUAGAGGAACCUGUGGUUGAGGUCAAGGAAGAGGAGGAGAAGCCAUCAAGGCAUUUACCUGCUUUACCUCCAACACCAGAUGAGUCAAAUCUACAGGUGCAAGCGUUCGGAAUGGAUAUAACGAAAGAAGAAGGUGGGCAAAUAAAGAUAGCGCCGCACGAAUCUGCGACUUCCACUCCGCAGUCAAGUAUUGAUCAAGAAACGGGUGAGAGCACACCGGAAGAAAUGACUGGAGAGGAAGGUGCAAGGGCCGAAGGUGGCGGAGAUACAGAACCACCUGUCUCCUUGGUCGACUUAUUGGGUGGUGAGCAGGCGAGGGCUCAGGCAGCAGCCGCAGCGGAAGCUGCAGCUGCCCAACAAGCGGCCAUGGCAGCGGUCGAAGCUGAAGCGAAACAGGAAACAACGGCAGAACCAUCAGGAUCUUCUAUCGAUUUCUCUGAAUACACUCAUCGCAUCGUCUCUUUCUUAGCUAGGAAUUUCUACAAUUUAAAAUACGUGGCUCUGGUUCUCGCGUUCUGCAUCAAUUUCAUGUUGUUGUUUUAUAAGGUUUCGUCUUUGGGUGAUGAUGGUGAAGAAGAAGGCAGUGGUCAAAUAGUUGACAUGCUGGCGGAGAUGUCUGGUGAGGGUGAAUCUGGUUCUGGCAACGGUAGUGGUGUGGAAUUAGGAAGUGGGAGUGGAGAGGUAGAAUCUGAAGAAGAGGAAGAUGCAUACGCCUUGGAAUACGUAGAAGUGUCAGAGGAUUUCUACUACAUGGCACACGUUAUCAGGCUCAUGGCUAUGCUCCAUGCAAUGGUAUCUCUCGCUAUGCUAGUCGCCUACUAUCACUUAAAGGUACCAUUGGCUAUCUUCAAACGGGAAAAGGAAAUUGCAAGACGAGUGGAGUUUGAUGGUUUAUACAUUGCGGAGACACCGGAAGAGGACGAUAUCAAAGCACAUUGGGACAAGAUGGUGAUAUCGGCAAAAACGUUCCCAGUUAAUUAUUGGGAUAAAUUUGUUAAGAAGAAAGUCAGGCAAAAGUACAGCGAGACUUAUGAUUUCGAUUACAUCAGCAACUUGCUUGGUAUGGAGAAGACUUCGUUUAGCCAACAGGAAGAAGAAGGAUCUGGUUUAGUUCACUUCAUUGUAAAUAUCGAUUGGAGGUAUCAAGUGUGGAAAGCUGGAGUCACCAUUACGGACAACGCGUUUUUGUACAGUCUUUGGUACUUCACGUUCUCGAUUCUGGGAAAUUAUAACAACUUUUUCUUCGCUGCGCAUUUGCUGGACGUAGCAGUUGGUUUCAAGACUCUGAGAACGAUCUUACAAUCGGUAACACACAAUGGCAAGCAGCUGGUGCUGACAGUGAUGCUGUUGACUAUCGUCGUCUACAUCUACACGGUCAUAGCCUUCAACUUCUUCAGGAAAUUCUAUAUCCAGGAAGAGGACGACGAAGUGGAUAAGAAAUGUCAUGACAUGCUGACAUGCUUCGUGUUCCACUUGUACAAGGGUGUGAGAGCUGGUGGUGGUAUCGGUGACGAGAUUGGCGAACCAGAUGGCGAUGAUUACGAAGUCUAUCGUAUCAUGUUCGACAUCACUUUCUUCUUCUUCGUCAUCGUCAUUUUAUUAGCCAUUAUUCAAGGUUUGAUAAUCGACGCGUUCGGUGAGCUUCGAGAUCAGCUUGAGAACGUGAAAACGAACAUGGAGAGCAACUGUUUCAUCUGCGGUUUAGGGAAAGAGUACUUCGAUACGGUACCUCACGGUUUCGAUACGCACGUCCAACAGGAGCAUAAUCUUGCUAAUUAUAUGUUCUUCCUCAUGCACUUAAUUAACAAACCGGACACGGAGUACACCGGCCAGGAAACGUACGUGUGGAACAUGUACCAACAAAGAUGUUGGGACUUCUUCCCAGUCGGUGACUGCUUCCGCAAACAGAACGAAGCGGUGGAGGAAGAAGCGAAGAAGAAAUAAAAAUAUUUUUCAAAUUCAUCUCGUUUUACGUAUAACGACCAAAUCAAUGGAUUUGCCAAGGGAGAUUAAAUUUCCUAAAACGUCUUCGAUAA